AUGCUCUCUCUCUUCCUUUUUCCUUCUUCCUUAUUCUUCUUUACUUUUUGCAGACCAAGAACAUCGAAAAUCCCCAAAUACAUCGAAACAACCCCAGCAAAAUCCUUCGUCUACACCAUCAAUUCCAUCUCUUUCUCCCCAAUCGCCCCCCACGACUUCACCACCGCGCAUUCUACCACAGUCUCCAUCUUCUCCAGGCAGACCCUUGACCACGGAUCCAUGAUCUCCGACUUUUCCGACACCGUUUCAUCCGUCUCUUUCCGUGGCGACAGAAAGCUUCUCACCGCCGGAGACUUGACAGGCAUCGUCGACGUGUUUGCCGCCCUCGAUUUGGAGCCGUCGAUUUUUUAUCGUCGCUAG